GAUAGCCGUUAAAGGCGAGUCCAGUUGCCUCUUUCUCAGUGUGUUCAUAGAGAUUGUCAGUCCGCAUAGGCUUCGUGUUGGCUUUAGUUUCGUACGGAUUUUCUCGUGAAGCAGCCGCUCCAUCUACAUCGAAAUGGCUGAUCAGCUUACAGAAGAGCAGAUUGCGGAGUUCAAGGAGGCAUUUUCGCUCUUUGACAAGGAUGGAGAUGGCACCAUCACCACCAAAGAGCUGGGAACAGUCAUGCGCUCUCUGGGCCAGAACCCCACAGAGGCAGAACUGCAGGACAUGAUCAAUGAAGUGGAUGCUGAUGGGAAUGGAACGAUAGACUUCCCAGAGUUCCUGACCAUGAUGGCCAGGAAGAUGAAGGACACAGACAGCGAGGAGGAGAUCAGAGAAGCAUUCCGCGUCUUUGACAAGGAUGGCAAUGGAUACAUCAGUGCUGCUGAGCUGCGCCAUGUGAUGACAAACCUUGGGGAGAAGCUGACUGAUGAAGAAGUGGACGAGAUGAUCAGAGAAGCAGACAUUGACGGAGAUGGACAGGUCAACUAUGAAGAGUUCGUACAAAUGAUGACGGCGAAGUGAAGGCCUUGUACAGAUUUCGUAUAUAAAUAAUUUGCCUUUUUUUCUUUGUGUAAUUUAUCUGUAAAAUCUUAAUAGCCCCCCUUCGUCCCUGCCCCUUCUGCUGUCCAAAGGAACUGCAUGUAAACUGCAUAGGCUCUUGUCCCCAUGUCCCUUUCUUUUGCUGUCAUGGUGUUUUGGAGUGACGGAAUGGUCAUACAACCAGAUGCCUGUGGAGGCCCCUGGGAGCUGGAGAACUUCGAAUCUUCCCGUCUUGUGUGCUCGGGGCCCCUCCACGCAUGGCGACAUUGGAAACCUGUCAGCUGGUUGUCACUUGGCAACACUGUUGGCAUGGAAACAAUGUAGAGGAGUUUAAACUCUGCAUGGACUACGGACAAAGUAUAUAUGGAAAUCUCUCAGCAUUGCACUACUGCAAAAAAAUGACACGGGUGUAUCUCCUAGGUACUCGUACAAACUCUUUUUGUAUCUGCUGUUCUAUAUACCAGAAAACGACUAAUCUUACCAUGCUUUUUAAUGUUUUACUCACUACUUUUACUUUCUUUUAUUUUUUUUUAUGACUUCUGGUCAUGCCUCAAAUAAUCCAUUCCAAGUUGUAUAUUUUUGUUUUCCAAUAAAAUUUGCAAUCUACCCGGA